AUGGAGAAAACCCAUGAUGAGGGAGAGAGAAACGGUGAAUUUGAAGAAUGUAAUACUAAAGUAGGUUCUGAUGAUAUUGUUGAUAGUUUGCCUGCCGACCCUUUUGGCAUGGAUAUCAAGUUUUCUAGACUUACUGCUUCAUUUGAAGAUUUUGAUGGGGAUUUAGGGUAUCCUCCUGCUGAACUUGGGACUAAUGGGGAUGACAAAAGUGUGGUUGAUGAUGGCGUUUUUGUGGGUUUGGAUUUGUUUUUUAAUAGUGCUUGGGGGUUGCAGCCACAAAAGGGUAACUUGAAUAUCAGUGCGGUAUCGACUCAAGAUCAUAGUUUUAGUGGAUCUGGGGUUGAUUGUGGGGUGAAUGCUGGUGGUUUUGAAGAUUUUGAUGGGGAUUUAGGGUCUCCUCCUGCUGAACUUGGGACUAAUGGGGAUGACAAAAGUGUGGUUGAUGAUGACGUUGUUGUGGGUUUGGAUUUGUUUUUUAAUGAUGCUUGGGGGUUGCAGCCACAAAAGGGUAACUUGAAUAUCAGUGCGGUGUCGACUCAAGAUCAUAGUUUUAGUGGAUCUGGGGUUGAUUGUGGGGUGAAUGCUGGUGGUUUUGAAGAUUUUGAUGGGGAUUUAGGGUCACCUCCUGCUGAACUUGGGACUAAUGGGGAUGACAAAAGUGUGGUUGAUGAUGGCGUUUUUGUGGGUUUGGAUUUGUUUUUUAAUGGUGCUUGGGGAUUGCAGCCACAGAAGGGUAAUUUGAAUAUCAGUGCGGUGUCGACUCAAGAUCAUAGUUUUAGUGGAUCUGGGGUUGAUUGUGGGGUGAAUGCUGGUGGUUUUGAAGAUUUUGAUGGGGAUUUAGGGUCACCUCCUGCUGAACUUGGGACUAAUGGGGAUGACAAAAGUGUGGUUGAUGAUGGCGUUUUUGUGGGUUUGGAUUUGUUUUUUAAUGGUGCUUGGGGGUUGCAGCCACAGAAGGGUAAUUUGAAUAUCAGUGCGGUGUCGACUCAAGAUCAUAGUUUUAGUGGAUCUGGGGUUGAUUGUGGGGUGAAUGCUGGUGGUUUUGAUUCGGAAACCAAUAUUAGCAAUUGGGAUGAUUGUGAGGAAGGGACAGAAUUGGGAGGUGAACCACACGAUGCUUUGUUUUUUGCUCUUGGUUAUUUAAGAGUGAAGGACCUCCUUAUGGUUGAAAAGGUUUGCAGAUCUUUGUGUGCUGCUGUUAGAGGCGAUACUCUGCUGUGGAGGAGUAUUCAUAUAGAUCAGCCUUUAAGCGAUAAAAUCACCAAUGAAGCUCUUUUCAAGUUAACUAAUAGGGCUCAAGGUACUCUGCAAUCAUUGAGUCUAGGAGAGUGCAUAAGAAUCACCGAUUCUGGGUUGAUGCAGGUGCUUGAAAGCAAUCCGAGGUUGACAAAGUUGUGUGUGCCAGGAUGUGUGAACCUCACUAUUGACGGCAUCUUGUUUAAUUUAAGGGCUCUCAAGUCAUCAGGCACACUAAUAAUUAAGCGCAUAAGAAUUGGUGGGCUCUUUGGUGUAACAGAGAAGCAGUUUGAAGAAUUGGAAUCCUUGCUUGGCGUUGGCCAUAUGCAUCCAAGAGCCAAAAAUCUACAAUUUCAUCGUGUUGGCCAGUUAUAUCCUUGUUGUGAUGAUGAUGAUCGUGCAAUUGAUGUCGAGAGGUGUCCUAAAUGUCAGAAAGUGAAACUAGUUUAUGAUUGCCCAGCAGAGAGUUGCCAAGGGAAAGAUCAAGCUAAUCAGUUAUGUAGGGCUUGCACUCUAUGUAUACCUCGGUGCUCAUGCUGUGGAUGUUGCAUUAAGGAUUGUGAAUAUGUGGAGACAUUUUGUCUAGACUUUCUUUGUUUCGGUUGUUUGAAGCAGCUGUUCAAUUGCCAAGAGAAGCCAGAAGUAAAUGGUGCUCCCUCUUCUGGGCACACAAUUUUUCAGUAUGAGACGAGGUUGAAUUUGGCUGAUUUUAGCUUGGAUUCAGCUGUAGCUGUAGUUCAGCUGUUUUAG